AUGAGGGCACGAAAACCUUCAAACAUCAGUGAAGACAAUUCAGAAUUAUGCAGUUAUUCCGAUUUCCGUCGUAAUACUCAGAUCUUAAUGAGGGACUUGAAAGGAGAGUCUCGGGCCGAUGCGACUAUCCCAAUGGGAUGGGCCUGCGCUGCUUUGAAAAAGUUUGCUAAGAAGACUUACGUUGAAAAGACAUGGAAAGAAGAAAAUCUAUAUGAGUUGAUAUGGACGAUAAUGUGCCAACGUCCAAAUUUGAAAAAGUUUAUUUGUGAUUUACUCGAGAAGGAUUUUCACGACUAUGGUGCUGCACGAUAUUGGCGUCGCAUGCAGCCUGCGCUGAUGCACAGAACAACUGUGCAGAACAGAAAUGAAUUGUAUCGUGACCCGCUGUUGCCAACCGAGGACUAUUUGAAUUUUCAUAAUGACGUUAAAAAUAUUGCUUUUGUGCGUACUGCAGCCGAUUUGCACGUACUUAGUGAGGAACUAAAUCGAUUGAAAAACAAGGAUCCACUUUCUACAGUAAUUGUGGGUCUUGAUGCGGAGUGGAGCGCGUAUGUUGCUAAUAGCAGGGCGACUAUUUUACAGCUGUCACUUCGUGACCGUAUAUUCAUUAUCGAUCUCGACAAUCGCUCAGAACUUCCUGCAAGUGCGUUGCGAGAAUUUUUCGCGAUGUUGUUUCUCGACAAAUCAAUUUUGAAAUUAGGAUUCCAGUUCAAUGAAGAUCUCGUGCAGAUGCGGGCCGCGGUUCCGCACUGUCGUGCGUUGUUCGAGCCGGAGAACGUCAUCUGCGUUGGAAAAUUAUUUGCUGAACUCCUGGAGCGAACAGAAAAGUUGAAAAAUUGUGAAGAGAUUUUGACUGAAGUGCUACCUCCAGUUACGAACUCUGAUGAGAAAGAGCAGCAGGAGACCAAUGAAGAAGAUGAGACGGAAAAUAUUGCCGAUCCGAUAGCACCUCAACCAAAAAGUCCACAAGGCGAGUCGGUUCUCCAGCGAACAGUGAAUCGAGGCCUAUCGUAUGUGUGCGAGCGAGUGCUGGGUCGGCCACUGGAUAAAACUGAGCAAUGUUCUGUAUGGGAUCGACGGCCGUUACGGUCAUCUCAAGUAUGUUCACGAACAUAUUCAGAUUUGUACAUGUUUUUACUUCCGUUU